GGUCCCCUGCUCGGGGCGCUGUGCAGGCCCCCCUGCGGCGCAUGCGCGGUGGGUGUGCUGGGGGGCGUCCGGCCCGAGGCGCUCACUCCCUCCACGGAGGUCGCGCCGGUAUCGCGCAGCGCGGCGAGAGCGGCUGUGGGUAGGGGCCGGCCCUCGGGCCGCCCCCGGCAUGGGGCGCUGCUGGGGCCGCCCCCCUCGCCAGGCCCGCGGGGCUUGUAGGGGCGGCCGCGGCACGAGGAGCCGCGGCGGGCGGCGGCAGUGAAUGGGCGUCGCGGCGGAGCGGGAGGAGCCGGAGCCGCCGCCGCGAUGGCUCAGGAGAAAAUGGAGCUGGACCUGGAGCUGCCGCCGGGGAGCGCCGCGGCCCCGAGCGACGGCGGCGGGCUGAGGAGAUCCAACAGCGCCCCCCUCAUCCACGGGCUCAGUGAUAACUCGCAGGUGUUCCAGGGCAGCGUUCUGCGAACCCGCAGGAACAGCACCACGGUUAUGAAUCGUCACAGCCUGUUUGUGCCAUCAUCUCCUAUCCGCAUUCCUAGCAGCCGCCUUCAUCAAAUCAAACAGGAAGAAGGAAUGAACUUGAUGAACAGAGAAACAGUGCAUGAAAGAGAAGUGCAAGUAGCAAUGCAGAUGAGCCAGUCAUGGGAGGAGAGCUUGAGCCUGAGUAACAAUGAUUUUGAAAAAUCAUCAUCACCAAAGCAAGUAGACUUUGUCCCAGUCUCUCCAGCUCCUUCACCUACCAGAGGAAUAGGGAAGCAAUGCUUCUCACCAUCUUUGCAAAGCUUGGUGAGUAGCAGUGGAUUACCUCCAAGUCCCAGCCCAAGUCCGACCAGGCGAUUUUCAAGGAGAAGCCAGAGUCCAAUUAACUGCAUUCGACCAAGUGUUCUUGGGUCAAUGAAAAGGAAAGGUGUAACCGACAUGGAAGAUCAUCCAAAAAGGUUGUUCCAGGGCCCCACCAACAUGCUUUCCUCUGAAGCUUCACACCGGCCGGACCUUAGCGGAUGUUUGUCAUCGCACGCCCUUGAUGACAACAGAAGCAGCGCGGGCUCUUCCUGUGACUCACCAGCUGAAGCUGGCACCAGCGCCAGCUCUCCAGGGUCACUUUCUGACUCCAGAUCUCCGUUUUUACCAGUAGAUCUUACAGCUAAAUUACCUAUUGACUGAGAAGCAAAUGUCUGCUAAUGGAUACCAAGAAACAGACUGGAUAUCGAGAAGGCUUCCCGUUGUGUGAAACUGAGUCUUUUAUGUGAUUCUGUUCCUCAUAGGAACUUCCAGAAAUGUCAUUAUUUCUAGAAAACUUCCAGAAUAGUUCCUUGAGGAGGAAUUCACGUUUCUAGUGAUUUGUAUGACAUUUACUAAAAUACAGUAAGCAUUUGAAUUGCAAACAGAUUUGAUGCUGACAUCAGUAUACAAGCUGUUGAUUUCCUAUGGAUUUAUUCUUGUUGGUAUAAGUUACAAAUGCUGUAUGUACGUUCUGCUUGCGGAAGACUUGGCUCUCCAGCAGACAAGAGGCAAUGUCCUUGCUAAUAUGAAGUGGUGCUUUGUGUAGUGACAUAAUUCACGUUUGUCCUCAGUCUUGAACCAACGAAGCAGCUUACUAAUUUGUUUUUAUUCCCUCAGUGUGCAUUAGGUUGUUUUGCUGCUGUUCUACAUAUGAAAGAGAGAAUAUUGGGGGGAGGGGAUAAUUGAUCCCCGUAUGCUGUUGGGAUUGACCUUAAUCAGUUCUGUUCUAAUUAGAUACCAAAAGACCAAGUUGGUGUGUUGUCAUCUGAAGUGUGUGUCUUGGAUUUUACUCAUGAUCAGGACUGCUGUUGUGACUAAACCCAAAGUUACCGUGGAACUGUCUGGGUUUUUGUGUUUUUAAUUCUUCAUUUACGUGAUGUAUCAGAGUGGUAGAUGCUCCAUUAAUCUUUUGACUGGGAAAAAUAGUAAUCAUGUUUGGAACGAAACAUUUAAUUGUGAGUUUUUAGUAUUUAAUAUUCCAGAAGUGCAUUAUUUUAACAGACUGUAUUUGUCCUUGUAUAUGACUUUUGAUGGAUGAAAACAAAGAGGGACAGCGAGCAUUUUCAUACAGGUUCAGGUGAUCAAAUCACCUCAGCAUUUAAUCUCUUGAUGUUACUUCCUCGAAUAACUGCACCAGGAUUUUUCUGCUGUUGUAAGCUUUAGGUGCUGCUUGGAAGUCUAGAGUUUGGAAAUCCGAUGCGUUUCAGGGUUUGUGCUGUAUUGGAAAGGUCCUGAUUUCAACUCUGAAAUUCCCCCAGACAAGAGGAGAAAUCUACAAACCAGCAAAGAGAGCUGUUCCAAACAUUCCAGUGGCAACCUCAUUUUGGUGGUUGACUCCUGUUAUAGACCUGAACUUCCCCAGCUGGAUCUCUGUAUGCGUCUAUGCAUCUGUACCGUGUGGUUGUUAAGCCUUCUCUCCAGAGAGGUCAAUAAUGAAGCAAAAUAUUUGGUUUUUUGAACGCUAAAUCUUUCUAAUGGGAAGUUUGGAAAAGUCCUCAAGUAGGAGAGAAGCCCACUUUGAAUUCUGCUGUGAAAUAUUCACAUGGAUGAAGCUUCGAUGGACAGCAGCCAUCAGAAGUAGAAAUGGAUGACUUACUGCCCAGUGACUUUAGGACCAACAACUAGUUAUCCUUAUUGUAGGAAGAAAAUAGAACCUAUUUAAUAGUUUUACACAGUUCAACUAAGGUAUGUCAUGGUUUGCUUCUGAUUUAAUUCCUCUUAAAUUAUUGCAGUAGCCAACUCCCUACCUGCAGAUUCUUUUUCUAUUAUUAUUCAGACUGUCCUUUGUCCCUCUGGCCAAUGGAUGAGCUUGUGUGUAAUGUCUGCUUGCCAUCUAAUAUGGCAUAGUUCCAUUUUGCAGUUUCAGAUGAUGUGCCAAAGAGUUGCUGUGCACUCACUCUUCUGUGGUGAGGGCAAGACUGACUUUUUCCAUCUUACUUUCUUCUUAAGAAUGAGCCCCCAGGUGCCUGUUCCUAUCUUACAAAGAAGAUGCAUCACUGGGGGGGUUUAUUGGCUGUGUGUAAGUCAACUUGUCUUUUUUUUUCUGUUGGAUAUUUAUGCUAUUUUUCAAAUAAGUGCCAAUAAAUGGAAAAAAUGUUUUUCUGUUUCUGCACUGUGUUAGAAAGGUAACUGCGUUAUUAUUUUAAUCUGUGAUUAAAUUUUUUUCUUUCUAAAUCA